UUGGCACUGUGUUGUGACAGUAAUUUUAAUAUUUUCCAUCUGUCUGGUUUAAGUUGUUAUAAAAUUCGAAUAACAUUAUCUUAAAUUUUGAUAAAUAUUUCAUUUAACAGUGUAUUUUAAGUAACUUAACGUUAUAAUUAUAAGAAGAAUGACCGUAAAAGUGGUAGUGUAUGUGACAAUGAUGUGAUGACAUAAUGGUUCUCUCCUUGAUUGCACUUUGAGGAUCACCUGUAGACUGUAAACAUGGACAACGAUUUAGAUUCACCGGUAAACCCGACCACUCAGGAUGAGUGCGAGGGAUACAGGGAGAGUGAGACAGAUUACUCCAGCAUCAGAGGCAAGAUGGUGCUGGUAAGUCCAACAGCGGACGAAUAUGAGCUGCUAAGAAAAGAACUCCUUGAGAGGCUAGAAUCUGGAAAUGGAGAAAUUAUUUACGAUAUUGGCCAUGGUGAAGAUGGAAGAGGCUUAACGGAGGAUGAAUAUAGUGCGUCGGUGGCGACGCUGCAGUCCCUGGUCAGCGCGGAGAGGGUGUCGUGCGUGGAACUGCGACGAUGGCAGUGCGGCUCCGGCCUCACCGGGCAGUACUUGCUUAGGACAGAGGUCGACGACACCGAUUUCAUGGAAAUUAGGGUGGCUGUAGUAGGUAAUGUGGACGCGGGGAAGUCGACCUUACUGGGCGUGUUGACGCACGGCGAGCUGGACAACGGGCGAGGAUACGCCAGGCAGAGGCUGUUCAGGCACAAACACGAGCUGGAGAGCGGCAGGACCAGCUCUGUAGGCAACGAUAUACUGGGAUUUGAUAGCGUGGGUAAUGUGGUAAACAAGCCCGACCACGGCACCCUGGACUGGGUGAAGAUCUGCGAGAAGUCGUCGAAGGUGAUCACAUUCAUAGACCUGGCGGGGCACGAGCGUUACCUCAAGACCACCGUGUUCGGUAUGACUGGACACGCGCCGGACUUCGGUAUGCUAAUGAUAGGGGCGAACGCUGGUAUUGUGGGCAUGACGAAAGAGCACCUAGGACUGGCGCUAGCGCUCUCCGUACCCGUCUUUGUGGUAGUCACCAAGAUCGACAUGUGCCCGCCCAACGUGCUCCAAGACAACCUGAAGCUGCUCAUCAGGAUCCUCAAGUCGUCUGGCUGCAGGAAGGUACCGGUCAUGGUGAAGACGAAAGAUGAUGUCAUUGUCAGCGCCACUAAUUUCGUGUCUCAAAGGCUAUGCCCAAUUUUCCAAGUUUCAAAUGUCACGGGUGAGAAUCUCGAAUUGUUAACGAUGUUCCUGAAUCUACUGAAGACGCGGAUGCCCUCACAGGACGACAAGCCCGCUGAGUUUCAGAUAGACGACACCUACUCUGUGCCUGGCGUGGGCACAGUGGUAUCGGGCACGACGCUUGCGGGCGUCAUCCGUCUCAACGACACGCUGCUACUGGGGCCCGACCCGCUGGGCCGGUUCGUGCCCAUCGUCGUCAAAAGUAUCCACCGCAAGCGAAUGCCGGUGCCGGAGGUGCGCGGCGGACAGACAGCUAGCUUCGCACUCAAGAAGAUAAAAAGGUCGCAAAUUCGCAAGGGUAUGGUGAUGGUGUCCCCGGCAUUGAACCCGCAAGCGUGUUGGCAGUUCGAAGGAGAAAUCCUAGUGUUACAUCAUCCCACCACUAUCUCCUCGCGUUAUCAGGCGAUGGUGCACUGCGGCAGCAUCCGCCAGACUGCGUCGAUCCUGUCGAUGUCGCGGGACUGCCUGCGCACCGGAGACAAGGCUCUCGUCAGGUUCCGGUUCAUCAAGCAUCCGGAGUACCUCAAGUGUGGACAGAGGAUGGUGUUCCGCGAGGGCCGCACCAAGGCGGUGGGCAACGUGCUGCGCCCCGAGCCGGCCGCGUACAAGCCGCCGCCGCGCGGGCAGCCCCCCCGCGACCGCCGCCCGCUGCACGCCGCACCACAUCUUAAAAUCAUAGUUGUAAAAGAAGCAUUGAAAAUUAUCGUUGCAUUUAUGGAUUACCGAGUUAUCCGCGGCGUAAGAGGACUUGACAGCAAAGUCUCUAUUAUCCAUGUUUCUAUUAACCGUUUAAGAAUAUCGUAUGAUCCACAACAGGAGAGCGACGGGACGACAGCGGAGCCCCCCGCGGAGGCCACGGGCGGAGCGCGACGCGGCCGCAAGCGACACGACAAGCCGCCCGACCAGCCCGCGCUGCUCCCCACCGCCGCACUCUAACGACACAUCGCGACCACAUUCAAAAACCAAGAUGCACGUCUAUUACACACAUCUUACAGAAAAUUUGUAGUAAAUAAGCUGACAAUACCAUGGACUGCGAUUACGGUCAUUUUUUAUUGUAUUAAUUUACAAAAAAGGCUAUAACAGAAUAGCAGAGAGGGUGGACUCACUGUCCCCUCAUUAAUCGAAAAAGAUUAAUUAAUAUGAUUAUUAUUAUUAUAUACAUUAACAGAGCUAUGGGUGUCACAAAAUACAUUGUGACGCCUACAUAGCUGUACCUCUUUAUUUUAUAUAUUCCAAAUGAUAGUGACAUUUAGUAAUAUGUAGAUUACAACCACGUUCCUAAGAAUAUCCUUCAAUUCUUGUCCCUAACGGGUCUAGGUAGAGAACUCUUUAAAAGGGCGAGCACAAUAGAUCUCUGCAGGCUACAGUGCUACAGGUCUUAACGCCUGAAAAUAGACCAAAUCCCUCAAUAAAAAAUUAUGAUAUGUUACCAAUUAAAAAUCUAGUUAGUUUUAAAAAUUAACUAAUUUUAUCAAAAAACUUUGCACAGAUUAAUGUCUCUUACACAUUAUAUUCAAUAAUAUCACAAAUUAAAAAUUGUAAUAUUUUCUCUUUUAAAUAUUAAACACGUUAUUUCCAGUUAUUCUUAAUAGUUUCAUAUUAUUAAAUUUUUAAGAAUAAUUCAGCUUGUUUGCCAAAAUUAUUGAUGUAUGACUAGAAAUGAAUGUACAAUUUCCUUUUAAGCACUACUAUCAGUGCCGAUUGUGAUCUCCAAUUGUGCAUCUUGAGUUUUUUUAUGUUAUAUCGAUGUUGGGUACAUUCAAGUAUUACAGUGGUACACUUCGGUUACCAGAGUUUUUCAUUAAGAAACGUUUUCCCUAUUAGCGCGGCUAGUUAAUUCAACGAAGUACAAGUUUACCUAAGUGGUUGUAGGAGUUAUAUUUU